UCAAAAAUCCAAUGCAGACAUCGAAGUGGUCGGAGUGGAAUGGUGAACGUACGGGAAGUUGUGAAAAAGGAUCUCGAAGUUCCAGAUCCCCCCCGCCACCGUGUUUGGAUUAAAUCUCGCACCAAGAGUCGAAAACUUGUCACUGAUUACGACAAGGAAAUUGCAGAGAAGAUAGCUCAAUUAGAGGAAAAGCUUAGUCUGGGACAAAUUCAGGUCCAGGGCCAAAACGAUAUCCUGACGCAGGCGCUCAAGACACCAGAGCAUCCUGGACGUGUCAUGGCUGCUGGGUUCCUGACCAGGGCAUCUAAACUGUUCGACAGGAAGAAAAGGGAAGUGUCUGAUGUUGUGGCUCGACAAGCGAAGGAGAUUAAAAAAUUAAAAGUCGAAGUCCAAUCCCUUAAGCAGAAGAGAAACGCUGCUGAACAAGAGGAAGAAGGAGAGGUGGCUGGUGAGGCGUAUGUUCCACAACCAUACGCUCCUGAGGAUGAGGGACAACCACAAACUUAUGCUGAGGAGUUUAUUUCCCUCAACGACCAAGGUCUCCUGUACAAUUUCGAUGACCAUGCGGCCCUUAAUCAGCAAGUACAUCUCUGCUCUGACAACAUCGACAACAUUGUGGCCCGAGGGUAUUUGUACGAGCAUGUUGGUAAAAUCACUAUUCACUGCACAGACUACGAUGAUUCACAUGCCCGAAUUUUGGUUUCGGAAAUCCUGCAAGAGGACGCUGAAAUCCCAAUCCCAAUUGAAGGGUGCAUAUAUGUUAGGGACGUAUCACAGAUGUUCUUUCCUUAGCGUAAACACUUAAUUCUAACAACCGAGGGUCCACUCGCUCAACCGCCUUCAAGACGUAAUGCGUCGAAGGGGAAAGCUCUGAUGCUUUCUCUACAAGGCGGUGGUGCACGGGAAGAUGAAUUGUUCUCGGAAAAGAAGAUGGCCUUGAUCCCUAAAUCGCUAAAAUGGAUGGUUCUUGAAUUCCUGAGCCUCAAAGAUAAACGUGAUAUAAUCACAAUUCCUGUACCCCGAGGAUUCAUAGCACCACCUACCCAGAUCACGUUAUCUAGAGACGAUUUGCAGCAAGUUGCUACAUGUGACUUCAUCGACAACCAGGGAAUGUUGUUUGGAAUGAUGCACAUCUGGGAGAGCAUCAACGGUAUGAGAAAAAUUUUCAAGUUUUACGACCCAGAGCUUCUCGUAGUGCAUGGGAACACUGAUGAAGAAAAGAGUCAGUCUUUUGACGAUGCGGCAAGACGAUUGGAUGAUUGGUUAUCAUUAAUGAAUAAUAACCACCAAAUGUUCUUUAUUCCUUGGAAUAUCGGUGCGCAUUGGACGCUAGUGGUGGUUAUGCCAAGGAAAAUUAUCCAUUUAAACCCUGUACGUGGCCGUCCAAUUCCCGAAGAAAUUACUCAAAUGAUCGGAAGUGCAUUCAGAUAUAUAGGGGACGCACAUGAGUAUCUUGGCCCGGGGCUAGGAAUUUCGCAAGCAAACUGUCCAAGACAACCUAAAAGCCAAGAAUGUGGUUUUUAUGUUUUGAAAUAUAUCACUGACAUCGUCUCACGUGCAAACCCGAGCCGUUACAUACAAGAUCACAAAGCUGU